ACGCAAAAACUCGAACAGCAGAGCAGGAAAAGAAAAGAAGGAAAAAAAAUAAUAAAAAUAUUCCUCCCGGCAAGGAGGAAGAAGUAGGGUGGAGAGAUUACGAAGCUACGACGAAGAAACCCCUCUCUUUCUUUGCUUCUUCUUCUCUUUAUAUUGCCUGAUAUUUUUGUGCAUUAACGUCGUACCAGAAUUUCUAGGUUUUCUUUUGUUCUCUUUUUGUUUCGUUUCUUAAUUACGAGAAUUACUACCAGAUGGGGACGGAGAUUUUACGCCCUCAAGACUGUUUAAUCGAACGCAUGAGAGUAUGUCCGGUGGCCUUGCCUCGCCGUAAGCCUUACGCCGGUAACUCCAGAUCUUGCCGGAGACAGGCCAUCCGGCCUGAACCUAGAAAACGCUUCCCCCAAGCAGAGCCCUCGAUUUCAAAGAAAUCGACCGCAAGCUCUGAUGAUAAGAGACCGUCGUCGUCGUCCUCGUCGUCGUCCUCGUCCUCGUCCUCGUCGUCGAAGGGUUUGGUUAUGGGACAGGUGACCAUCCUAAAACGUGGCGAGACUCUUGAAUCCAAGAGAAGGAACGAAUAUUCCGCUAACAAGACCGUAGUACCGAGAGGGGAUUUGGUUGUGCGUGGCACGCAGCGGUUGGGACCGGAGCCAGAAAUGAUCCCUAAGCAGAUCCGGAUCGGGGACCUGAAAUCGGUUUUGCCUCCUGCUGCCGUGCGGUCCGAUGUGUACGCCGGAUCUGUGUGUUCACUCUCCCCUUCUCCCAGUGCUCUUCCGUUACCAAAUUUUUCGAAGAAAAAAGACGGCCCUGCGAUCGUCGACGAUUCGGCAACAAAAGAUCUGAGGCGUCUGCUUCGACUUGAUUAAUUAACUUAUUCUCACAGGAUUAAACAGGUAUCUAGAUCUGGACCUGGAUCUAAGUUCGAGAUAUGGAUCAAGAUCAAGAUACUCUUUCCCCGUUUCGUCUCGAUCUUGUCUCUCAUGUUCUUCAGAUCUGUGACUUCUCGUGCUUUUUUUUAAACGGGACGAGGAUUUGAAAUGUGAGGGCAAAAGUCAGAGCGAAGCAGAGAUGGUAUAAUCUACUACGUUACCUUACUAUCUAUAUAUAGCUUAAUCUCCUUGAGGAGUGAUGGAUUAGCGUUAGGAUUUGUUCUGGGGCAGAAAAAGCUGGGCUGUAUUUUCUUGAAUUUAUAGCUUUUUUUUUCCUUCUUUUUCCAGUUAGGGGAGAGGAUAUGAGAUGUGAAUCUUCUGCUCUGCUGUUAGGGUAUGUAAGUAAACCCCGUCCACCACCUCCUCCGCCUCGUCCUUCAUCUGCUGUAUUAUAAUGAAAAGGGGGGAAGAAAUUUGCAGGUUAAUUGCUGGUUUCUCUUCCCCUUGUGUGCACUCAGUGGUUUUAAUGGGUUAAUCCUCGAGUCUGUAAUGUCUGACAGAAUGGUUUUAGUAGUUUUCUAUUCUUUUGUCCUUUGUAAUCUAAACUUGUAUAAAGAGGAUGGAGGAAGCAUCUGAUAGGGUGUUAGAAGGUAGGAAACCAAGUCGUAAUAAUGAUUCUAGCGUAGGUGGUUUUAGAUUGUAAUGAAAUUUUAGAAUAUGGUUGUCGCCAUGGUUUGCCUGUUUAUUUUUA